UCGGGCUGAUCAGGACGUGGGGCCGCAGCGCGGAGGCCCUGCACCAGAUCCCAGAGGCAGAUCCGCACUGCCACGGCCUGGACCAUGCACCACCGGGACCCUGCGGAGUGAGGUCCUCGAAAUGCCUCUCCCUGGUCCUGUGCAGGGAGGACCAGCUCCCAGAAGAGUUUGUGGUGUAGACACCCAGAGGUGUGGCUCUGCACGUGGGGCUCAUCCACACGUGUCAGGAGGCAGAAGUGAAGGCGUGGCCACCCGUCUGCAGGUGGCUCGGGUGCAGCCCCCACCCGUCCACUCUGGAAGGAAGAUGUUGGCUGUUCCCGCGUGUGGGAGAGACCCUUCCGGUUCCCUCUGCACGGGCCCCCCCCCCCCCCCCGUGGACGGCCAAACCAGGUGCACAGCCUUCUGGGAGCCUUUGACCCAAGGUCACGGUCACCUGUCACGGCACCGGCCCCAGCUUCCUCUAGACCGCUCCGCCGCCCCUGCUGCUCACGAUCCCGGAGGCCUCUCUGUGAGGGCUCCAAGCCUGGAGUCGCAGCGGCACGUGGACGCCCGGUCCCUGCGGGGCCUACGGAGCCCGAGAGGCGGCUGGGCCAUCCCGAGAAGCCAGGAUGCAGAUUCUGAAUGUUCCUGGCCCUGCCCCCCCAAGACCGAGCUGAGCGUCCCGUCCCCUUCCCGCGGCCAGCCGCCACCUGGAUGGAGCGGAGUCGUUGGCGGAGGGGGUGCGCGUCAGCAGGCUGGCGGCCUGUGUCCCCGGAGGAAGGCCGGGCUGGCGCUGCGUCCCGGCCGCCUCCCGACCCCAGGUGGGGGCCCCUGCCUCCCGUCCAGAGACCUGAGCGGGCGCUGGGAGCAGGUGCGGUGCGAGAGGGGUGGUAACAGGCCCUGAGCCUGACGGGUGUUAGGGUGCGGCUCCUUUUACCCGGGCCCCUCCCGCCUCUGCCCUGCACAGGAUCUGACGCCUGCUGUCCCCUUGAUCAGAUGGACUGGCAUGUGUCCGUCUGGUAGUCCGGAGCACUCAGCGGGUGACCGGAAGCCCGCUGCCACAGGGCCCUGUGCCUGUGACAUCACCCGGCCCCCCUUGCUCGUGCCCCAAAGGGCACGCCGGCGCGGCCAGCUCAGGCUCAUUUUGGAGACGGGGGCAGAACUUGAGCCCGUGUGUGUGGGUGCACACGUGUGUGGGGGCACAUGCACAGGUGGGUCCACAUGUACACACAUGUAUGUGCGAGUGUGUCCGUGCACGCACACAUACGUGCAUGGGUCCACACCUAUGUGUACACGCGUGCAUGCACGCACGGGAACGUGUGCGGGUCCGUGUGCACAUGUAUGUGCACGUGUGUGGGUCCGUGUGUGCACGCACGCAUGCACACGGCAAGUCUGAUGCUGCCCGGGCCGGGCUUCCUGACCCUUUCUGUGAAAGGAAAUCUGGGUGUGUGCACACUGGCACGUGUAAUAAAGGACCUAAAUACACGUC